UGAUGUUAUUUACACAGAAAUUAUAAAAUUGAUCCAACUGUUUACUUCAAAUUUCUUCUUUAAUUCACUCGUGUCCAUAUGCUAAGAACGCCAAACAAGAGUUGAGUGAUUUUCUUGUGGAAAUAUUUUGAACAAAAUUCUUGUGACAAUUGUUAAGUUUUUAAAAGAAACAAAAAUGGUUUACCAAUGUUACAAGAUUUUUAAAAAUGAAAGCCAAUGGAACGAGUCAAAAGAAUUAGAUUUUCUCCCCGACAACAAUAAUGAUGGAUUAAUGAAUUUUCAUAAGGACUUUGACGACAAAGUUAGUUUAAGAGAGAAAGAAAAUGAACAUUAUUUGGAUCUUUAUUGCGACGUAAAUAUAAAAGAAUGCAAUCAAUUUUACGACAAAUUGGAGAAACAAGUUAAUUUAGAAGAACUCAAAGUUAUGGAUUGCGACGAUGAGGAAAUGUUUGAAAGCAUCAAAUUGAAUCACACAGAAAUACCUACCCAUGAAAAUCUCAAAGAAAAGAAAUCUAAGAAAAAUGAUGAAACAUUGAAAAUUGGGAUUCAGGUAAAAAAGCGUGAAGCUUUCUCGUGCAUCAAGGGUUACAGUUGUAAUUUUUGCAUCAAAACAUUUGCACAAAAAAGCAAAUUAAUAAAGCAUAAUAAAUCAGCUCAUCGAAAAAUGAAUAAAAAAAUUAUAAAAAUUUGCGUCAGUUCCAAAAACCGUUUCAAAGACAACUUUGAAGGUUAGAUGUCUAUUGGAAAUUGCCAAAGUUUAACAAUAAUUAAGAGGUUAACACACACUUAAAUUAACGUACACUCAAAACGUAUAUUUUAUUUUACUCAUCAUAAAAUAUUUCAGUUAAUAGCGGUUUCAACGUAUUUUAGUAGUACUGUUAAUAUGAUUUUUUGGAAUCAUAAGAUUUAAAACAAUACACAUUUUACAAGAUGUUGGUUAUAAUUUACUACUGCUAAAAUAUAUCAUUUUUUGUUUGUUUUUAGUGAUAUGUGAAUGUAAGAGAUUUAAUUGCUUACAUUUUUUAUAAGUAGAAAAUUUCCUUUUUCUUGUAAUAAAAUUUGUUGUAGUUUUAUCUGUAAUAUAUGUAUCUUUAACUGCAUGGAAAAAGCUAAAACUUAUCAUUCUAAAAAUUUAAUUUAUUGAUAAACCUCUAAUACAUGUAAUUUGAGAA